AUGGAUGAUGGGGAGAAAUAUAGGCGUCUAGUAGGACGUCUAAUUUACUUGGCAGUUACCAGGCCAUAUUUGGCAUAUUCAGUACACAUUUUGUCGCAAUUUAUGCAAGCACCAAAAGAUGAGCAUUGGGAAGCAGCAUUAAGGGUAGUUCGAUACUUGAUAAAGUGUCUGGGUCAAGGUAUCCUUUUACGUUCUGACAGUGCAUUGCAACUAGAGGGAUGGUGUGAUUCGGAUUGGGCUAGCUGCCCAUUAACUUGUCGAUCCUUAACCGGAUGGUUUGUUAUGUUAGGACUUUCUCCUGUUUCCUGGAAGACUAAGAAACAACUAACAGUAUCGCGUUCCUCAACGAAGAAGAAUAUCGUUCUAUGGCAGCGUUAA